GCGGGUGGGAAGCCAUGCAGCCUCUGGAUUGUUUGAUAAUUAUACAGGCUUAAUCUCACCGCUGAUUGUUUAGAUUUGCCACCUGUGUGCGCGCGCGUGCGUAAUGAUUCAAACAACACAUGCUCUCCAGAGUUAAUUCUCUAUCGGAAGUGACUCUAUAGCUUUUAUAGUUUUUAUUAGUGGGUGUCGUUUUUAGACAGACAAAACGUUUGCACCUCACAUUUGGACUGCACCUCACUGUGGGGGUCAGGCUGUUUGAAUAGGGGAGGGACUUCGCUGCUAAAAUUGUCUGCUCCUCUCCAGUUGUUCAACUUGUGGCUGUCCAUCAUCCACACAGGCUGUGACGCUCUAAUUUAAGCCACGUGUAUAUAUUUUUUCUAAGUGUGUGCAUUUAAACUGGCCCAAUGUUUAAGUAUUUAGACAAAAUGUUUAGAACAUUUUAGAACACACACUUCCUGAAAACAACGUAAUGCAUAUACAGUGAGAUUUAAGCAGCUGUCCAUUUAUAGUGUGCAGUAAAUGGAGCAGCCUAAGUGGGUGUGUGAAGUUUCCAUUAAUAGCUUCUGCUUUGAAUGCACAAUCAGCAACUGUGCUGAUCCAAAACCAGGACCGCCAUAUUUGGUUCUCAAGGUCUUACAGAAACUCAAGGAUUUGGAUAUCAACGUAGACAUUCUUGCUGAAACUGGGAUAGGCAAAACGGUAAACUCUCUGCGCAGACACGAACAAGCUGGAGAAUUUGCCAAAACGUUAGUUAGGGGUUGGAAAAAACUUCUUUCUAAGGAGGGCACAAGCCUCACAGAAGAUGGAGCUCUGUCAGAGACUAUGUCUGUUAAAGACAAACAGGACAACACAGACUGUCCAAAUGCUGCUGGUUUCACAACAGAGGAUUUAAACAAUAACUGGUCAACAUGUCACAGUGAGAGUCAGGAUUUCUCAGAUGAGGCCCACUCCAAAACUGGAACUAUGAAAGAUGAUACAGAGAGACGGGGAUGUAAAGAGAAAGAUGGAAAAAGUAAGGGAAAUCGAGAUAAAAUUCAACAAGAGACCCAGAAUAACUUUCAGAGUGAUGUCUUACAAAAGAAAACCGCAAAGGACGAAAUGGAUGGUUCCCCUGCUCCAAAAAAGACAAAUUGUUGGAGUGAAAGAAAAUUGGGAGAUGACAACAUUUUAUGUAAAAACAAAAAGUUAGAGGACCUGCAUCAGAGAUCCAGGUCUGAUUCUGGGGAAAACUUGAAAAUCAACUUUGGAUCAGAAAAAGAGUCAAGUAAGAAAUCAAGGCCAUCGAAAGACUCAUCAAAAGAAGACAAAGAAUCUUUUUUAUUUACAUGCAACGAAAAAUACUCAAAAACAUUAAAACUGGACAAUUUUGGAGACGAGAAAUCCUCAGGAAUAUCGAGGAGCUCAGAGGUCCAGAAGAAAAAAAAGAAGAAAAUGAGUAAAGAGAGGCACGGUGCUCUCAAACAGUCUGAAAAUGAGGAGCUUUCACAGCACAAAAACAAAAAGGCCAAAAUGAAACACAGAGACAAGGAGAGGGACGGUGCCAGAGAGGAACCCUCCAAGUCUUUUGAAUCGUGUUUGAACUAUGAUGUUAAUGCCCGCAAGAGAAAAAAACAGUGUGGAGCAAAGAAAACUUCCAAAAAAUUCAAGACUGUUGUGAAAGAGGGAACAAGAACAGAUCCUGACAUGGAACCUUCCAAGUUGCCUGUGUUGUCUAUAAAUGCCAGCCCUCCAAACCAGAAAUCUGUAAUGGACCUGAUGGGCAUUUCUUUACCCGCCAUUCUGCCUGAAUGUGAAAAGCAAUCCACUGCAUUGUACUUUGAUAGGAAAGUUGAGAAAGACCUGGACUUCUAUGACGAUGAGUCUGCCGUCUUCACUGGUCAGAGACUUAACAAGAAGAUGCAAGUUUACUCUGGGGCCAAAAUGGUCUUCCUCCCAACCAUGUUGAGCUUGUACCAGCAGUGUAUCCGCACACUCCAGAACAACAUUAACUUGCUGUAUGAAACAGGUGGAGUCCCAUUUGAAAUCCUGGAGCCAGUGUUGGAGAGGUGUAUGCCGGAGCAGCUGCUACGCAUUGAAGAAUGCAACCCAAUCUACAUCGGAGUGACGGACCACUUGUGGGGUAAACACUGUCAACGGGAAUUCAAAGACUCCCAACUUCAGGAGUAUGAAUCGUGGAAAGAGAUGUAUAUCAGACUCUCGGAGGAAAGGGAGCGGAAACUCCAGAGAUUGACAAAAAGUAUCGUUUCAGCACAUUCUAAUAAACCCAAAGGUCGGCAGGUGAAGAUGGCAUUUAUUCACACUGUUGCCAAGCCGCCGAGAGAUGUGCGAAUUCAGCAGGAAAUCCAUGGGACUGCUGUUCAGCAGCCUAAUCAGCUCAGAUGCAGCGUGAAACCUAAAGACAUUGCAUUGCGUCCAAGCUGCAAUGAGCCCAGCAGGUCCAGCAGGUUCAGCAGCUCCAGUUCAGGUGGAGGAAAUUCACAAGAGUCUCGCAAAAAAACAAGAGUGGCUCCAAUGAUGGCGAAGUCCUUAAAGGCAUUUAAGAAACAGUUGGGACGCAGAUAAUUGUACAAUGUUGCUGUUUGAGAAUAUGGGAAAAGUGCACUGUCAUCUCUAUAAUAAGUCUGUGUUCUCCAUCAAUUGUUCUGUGUUGUUUGUCUUCGUACGUAGGCUUAUGUCAUGUUUUUUUCCCUCCAAUAACAAUGAAUUGUCUUCACUAUUACUUCACAAUUAAAUCAGCAACUUCACAUGAUUUAGACGCUUCUUGUCUCUUAAGUCCCUGCGUGCCAGUCAGUGGUAGUUUAUUAAAUGAGCUAUUGCUCCCUCUAGAGGAUGUCAGGAGAAAUGUUAUUUUCAGUGAACACAUUUUUGCCACAAACUAUUUCAGAUAAUGUAACACUUUUACACUAAUGUAUGGUAUAACCUACCUCUUCUACCAGUACGCACAGUGAUACAUACACAUUAACUAUUGCUCGUAGUAUAUUUGAUUAAAUUGAUGUUUUCAUCCUUUUCUGUGUUGUGCCCUACAUUUUGUUGACACCCACUCAAAUGUCAACAAAGUGUCUCCCAUUGUGGGAGGAAAAGUUUUUGUUUUCUUCAGAACGCGCAGAAAAAAAAUGUGUUUUAUGGUGGAAGGUUAUCUGCCACAUGUCAAGGACUCUCACUGAGUGGAGGUUUUGAAACUGCUGCAGACUUUAGUGCCACCUGUGGCAAGAUGCUGAGAUUACACCCCUUGUUCAGCUUUCUUUCAUUUUAAAGGUACAUUGUGUGUAUUGUGUAAUGAAUGUUGCACCUGCGGAAUAUCCCUCACCUCACCUUUCCCUUCCAUUACACUUUAUAUAAUAAAGUGAUUUUACACU